GUUUUGUCCAGGCGGAUACGCAAGACUAUUUCCGCCAACGCUGGCUGGAGCCAAUGUUCGGACCCAGUUUCGACGUGAGCUCGAUCGACGCAAGCGUCGACCUAUCCCAGAUGCUCCUUGACGAUUCGAAGGAGUCUCUCUACGCAUACGUAUUCGACACCCACUUCGCCGUUCAGAUGACCAAGAAGUCUGGAAACGUACUGUGGUACAAUGGCCAGAUCCAGCACAUGGCGCCCCUCGUGCUUGGGCUGUACAACACCGCUCGGCUGCGUAACGUGACCAACGUGACGACGGCCGAGUUCGGCUUCGACGUCACGUCCAGGGGGAGUGAGGAAGAGCGCGACGGUGCCGCCACCAAGAGCAUCGAGGAGGACAUUCGCAGCCAGAGCACGUACCGCAUGAUGCUGCCCAAGAUCCUGCGCUCCAUCUUCUUUCCCCUCGUCUCUAGCCUCAUGUGCAGCAACUUCGUGAUGUUCCCCAUCGCGGAGAGGGCGCUGCAGGUGAAGCACCUGCACAUGAUCGCGGGCGUCAGCCCGCUACUCUACUGGAUGAUAAACUUCGCCUUCGACUUCAUGUUCUACAUGGGGACGGCACUGACGGUUUUGCCGCCGCUGUCCCUGAUUCCGCAAACACCGCUCACGAUGAGCGAUAUUCAACUUAUCUUCCUGUUGAACCUGCUCCACGGCUAUGCUGCGCUUCCAAUGAUCUACAUAUGCUCCUUCCUGUUCAACAAUCCCAACGUUGGAUUCUCCACGCUAGUCAUCUCAACAUUUAUCGUGUCGUCCGCUGGCUGCCUGGGUGCGGUGUUAACAGAGCCGUACGCCGUAAACGAGAUGAGCUCCAGCCUUGUCACGUUUAUUCGCUUGGCGCUGGACGUGCUGCGGCUGCUACCGUCGUACUCGUACUCGCGAGGCAUGACCAAGAUACUGGAGCUCGCCUACGAGAACGCGCUGUGCCGCACCGGCGACGCCGAGCUCGAGAACUACUGCCACGCGGCCGACGUCUCUGGCCGGAUGUCGCUCCUGCAGUGCUGCAAGCACCUGCACGAGCCAAACCCUUCCGAGUACGUCAUCCAUCCGCUGGACAUGAACGCCUAUUCAGCCUACUACGAAGUGCUCAUGCUGUCAAUCGAAGGCGUCGUGGUCUUCGUCCUGUUGCUCUUCAUCGAGUCCUGGCGUCUGCCGCUAGACCGAUGGUUGAGCCUGCCCGAACAACCACAUGAUCUUUACGUUCCCAAGCCGCCUGCGCAGCACAUCGCACAAGGCCUCGGCCCAGGAAAGAAGCGCACCGGAAGGCUCCAGGACACCGACGUCCUGCAAGAGGACAAAGUGGUCAGCGAACUUGCGGCCGGUAAAAUGGCACCCUCUGCUACGAAGCCCUUCAUGUACGCUCACCGCCUCUACAAGGCCUACGGCUACGUCGACACCCACGAAGUACUACAGGGGCUAAGUUUCACGGUCCGCCCUGCCGAGUGCUUCGGCCUUCUGGGCGUCAAUGGCGCGGGCAAGACGACCAUGUUUCGCAUACUGACGGGCCAGAUGCUGCCACACGAAGGGGACGCUUUCGCCGCGGGUUUCUCAAUUGUUAACCAAAGACAGCAAUUCCAGCGCUACAUCGGCUACUGCCCGCAGCGUGACGGCCUGCUGGACAUGCUGACGGGCAUUGAGACGCUCGUCCUCUUUGGGCGUCUCAUUGGCAUCUCCAUGACUACCGAAUACCUCAACGUGUUGCUGGACGUAUUCCACCUCGAUGAAAUCGGAGAGCAGCUCGUCUCCACGUACAGUGCUGGCAACAAGCGCAAGCUGUCGCUGUGCCUUUCGAUGCUGGGCCUACCCCGUCUGGUCCUACUGGAUGAGCCUUACGCCGGCAUCGCCACAACGUCCCGGAGGCGCAUAGUCAACUACAUCAGCGCACUGCAGAAGGUCAGCAAGCACUCCAUCGUGCUCACUUCGCACAGUCUGGUGGACGUGGAGUUCCUCUGCAACCGCAUCGCCAUCCUGGGCGGCGGGCGCCUCCAGUGCCUUGGCUCCCUGGCGCACCUGAAGCAGAAGUUCGGCAAGGGAUACACCAUCAGCGUCAAGACGUACCCGGACCGUAAGCAGGACCUUUUCUACCAGCGCCAGGUUGCCGAAGACGUGCGCAAGAACUUCAAGGAGGCCGAGCUGGUGCACAGCUACGAGGGCCUGCUGGAAUUUCGCUUGUGUCACGUUCGCGUAUUGUGGAGCGAGAUGUUCACGCGCAUGGCGCGCAUCAAGAAGAAGUUCAAGCUGCAGGACUUCUUCAUCGCCGACACGUCGCUGGAGCAGAUAUUCCUGAGCGUCACCAGGAAGGAGGCCAGCGAGGCUGCGGCCGCGGUCGCUCACGCAGCACCGGGUGCACGGCCGAUCAUAGCACCCACAGAAUUGGGAAUAUAAAAAGGCUUCUGGGUGU